AUGCAGAAUCUAUCAAUAUCCUGCGCGUUGGUUUGCUUGAUCGUGCUCGGCAGCGCGGCACUGGUCGGCGCUUUCGGCGUCUGCAAGCACCAGAUCAGUGCAGUGCUGGUCACCGGGGUCAUGUACUUAUUGGCUGGCCUGUUCGCCACCUUCACUUUGCUGAUCAUGCACUGGAAGCGCGUGCAGCGCGAGCUGACUCGCGGCGGCGGGGGCGCUGGCGGGGGCGUUUCCGGGGGCGGGGGCGGUGCGGGGGGCGGGGGCGCGGACGGCGUGGUGGGGGCGCGCGCGGCGGCCGCGGCGCUGUUGGCGGCGCGCGCCUUCGGCACCGCGUGGUCGCUGGAGCUGGCGUGGGCGGGCGUGGCGCUCGCCGCCACCGCUGCGCUGCUCUGGAUCCUCCUCUCCAAGAUCAUGAGAUACAACCCGAUCACCUCCAUGCUCUUG